GAUCUUGUUUCCCACAAAAAACUCUCUCUCUCUCUCUCUCUCUCUAGAGAUUUUUCCAGUCUCUCCAAUGGCUACUUCUGCUGCAACUCAUCCACUCCUCAUGGCCGCAGCCGAGCCCGCAAGGCUCGAAAUGACUGCCAACCCCAGCAACAACAUCGCUUCGGGGACUGACCAAGACAGGCAAGAGCCAUCUAGGCCGAGGGCGAGAAAGAUGGGGAGGCAGCACCCGCCGAAGAAGCAGCCGCAGAGAGGCAUGGGGGUGGCUCAGCUGGAGCGCCUGCGGCUCCAAGACCAAGAGCGCUGGACCAAGCUGUCCGAAAUCCCCCCUCAAACUUACCCUCCUCCCUACUUUCUCCCCUACAACAAUCCGCAACGCCCCGGCUUCUCGUUCCCGGGCCCUCUCGACGCAGUCGGCGGAGUCCCUGUGCAGUAUGGCACGCCGCCAACCCGACCGCCUCCUGUCAGCACGGGGCUGGGGCUGGGGCUGGGCAUGGCCAUCGGGAGGGGGCAUUUGGUCCAGAGGAAAGACGAUGGUGGGGGCGAUCAUGGGAGGUUGGUGACGGUGUCGGUUCCGGGCCAGGUCACGUUCGAUGCUUUUGGACCCAGGGCUCCGGUGGUGGGUCAGGGCGGGAGUAGUAAGGCGGUGGAGACCUCGAGAGAGCUCUCUUCAAUUCCAAAUGCCCAGCAGUGCGUGUCUGACCGUUGCGACAUAUGUCUCAAGAAAAAGCGCAUUGAUCCGCAGGCUGCUGGGUUCUUCAUUAACAGAGGCAGCGAAAAUUACCCAGAGACAAUGAGGGUCGGUCCCUGCGAUUUUCUCGGACUGAAUCUGGAGAUUCCGCAAUCGAAAGCAGCUAGGCCUCCCCUUUACCCCACGCGCAUUGAUGAAGAUGAUCAGAAUGUGGAGGUGACGGCAGUAAGGAGGAGGGUGAACGUAUCGGGCGGUGGGGUUUCCAUGGAAUAUGAGUUUUUUCCUGGGAAAAGUGGGAGGAGCGCUUGGACCGAGGGCCUGAACUUUCCUGCAGGAGAAGAAGUCCUUGCCGAUGCUGAUGCUUCUGGAGAUGGCGGUGAAGCUUCCAAGUCCAUCGACUUAUCACUCAAGCUUUCUCGCUAAGCAAAACCCAAGAAAGAAAAACAAGAACAAGAGAGAGAAUCUGCCCUCCCCCCCCAACUCUCUCUCUCUAUCUCUAUCUGUGUAUAGUUUCUGUUGUCUCUCUCACUUACACAAUUCUGUGUAGUUGCAUGUGACCCAGAACACAAAGAUCAGCCUUUUGGUUCC